UAUAUGUGUAUCAAUCUGGAUGCUUCAUGAACAAAAUGGCAGAAAGAUCCAGUGGAAAAACCCAGAUGGAAAGCACUAGAAACAUUUGGUUUCUCUCCUAUUUAAUCAACUGCUUGACAGAAUUCCCUCCAAUAUUGUCAACCACCAUCAACUGCCCCAGGGCACAUAAGCAGAGCAAGCAGCAGAGUCACAGCCAUUUUGAAUCUCUUAUCUCUCUUCUAUGGUAAUGUUACCCGCUCUAUCUUUAUCACUCUCCCACCUUCCCCUCUGCAAAUCUCAGGACCUUUCAAAGGAUACCCACCCUCCCAGAGGCAGCAACAGAGAGAACCCAUGUCAGAGAACGCCGUCAGACCUCAGAAUCAGCAGACGAAAGGUGCUGAAUUCGACCAGUUUAGGCCUUAUCGGAGGAGGUGCGGCUGCUCGGCCAGCAAGAGCGCAACCAGAGAGCCCGGUUGAAGCCACUUCAAGCAGAAUGUCAUACUCAAGGCUCUUGCAGUACCUGGAUGAGGAUGCUGUGAAGAAGGUAGACUUGUUUGAGAAUGGAACAGUGGCCAUAGCUGAAAUAUUUAAUCCCACAUUGAACAAAAUCCAGAGGGUUAAAGUACAGUUGCCAGGGCCGCCACAAGAGCUUCUGAGGAAGCUCAAAGAAAAGAACGUUGAUUUUGCAGCUCAUUCCAUGGAAAUCAACAUGGUUGGCGCAGUACUGGACUUGCUGGGGAAUUUGGCUUUUCCAUUGAUAUUGCUGGGGAGUUUACUUUUGAGUACUUCUUCUGCAAAUAAUCCUGGAGGCCCAAACUUGCCUUUUGGACUUGGAAGGAGCAAGGCAAAAUUUCAGAUGGAACCCAACACUGGAGUAACAUUUGAUGAUGUGGCUGGAGUGGAUGAAGCAAAGCAAGACUUUCAAGAGAUUGUCGAUUUCCUAAAGACCCCAGAGAAGUUCGCUGCAGUAGGGGCAAAGAUUCCCAAAGGAGUACUAUUAGUAGGUCCCCCAGGUACCGGGAAGACAUUGCUUGCUAAGGCCAUUGCUAGAGAAGCAGGGGUCCCUUUCUUUUCAUUCUCUGGGUCAGAGUUCAUUGAGAUGUUUGUAGGCGUGGGGGCUUCAAGAGUGAGGGACCUAUUCAACAAGGCGAAGAUGAAUUCGCCUUGCUUGGUUUUCAUUGAUGAGAUAGACACUGUUGGGAGGCAAAGAGGAACCGGCAUUGGUGGAGGAAAUGAUGAAAGGGAGCAAACAUUGAACCAGCUGCUGACUGAAAUGGAUGGAUUUAGUGGAAACAGUGGGGUCAUUGUCAUUGCUGCGACCAAUAGACCCGAAAUUCUUGAUCAAGCUUUGCUUAGGCCUGGAAGGUUUGACAGGCAGGUUACUGUUGGGUUACCUGAUGUAAGAGGAAGAGAAGAGAUACUGAAGGUACAUAGCAACAACAAGAAGGUUGACAAUGAUGUCUCUCUCUGUGUCAUUGCCAUGCGAACCACGGGGUUCAGUGGCGCAGAUCUGGCAAACCUUAUGAAUGAGGCUGCCAUUCUUGCUGGUCGACGAGGCAAAGAUAAGAUUACAUCAAAAGAGAUCGAUGACUCAAUUGAUCGGAUAGUGGCAGGGAUGGAGGGGACCAAGAUGACAGAAGGGAAGAACAAGAUUUUAGUGGCUUAUCAUGAAAUAGGGCAUGCCAUUUGUGCAACAUUGGCUCCAGGCCAUGAUCCAGUACAGAAAGUCACCCUGAUUCCGCGAGGCCAAGCUUGAGGGCUUACAUGGUUCAUGCCUGGAGAAGAUCCAUCUCUUAUCUCCAAGCAGCAACUAUUUGCCAGAGUAGUUGGAGGUCUCGGAGGACGAGCAGCUAAGGAAAUAAUUUUUGGUGAACCAGAGAUCACAACUGGAGCAGCAGGGGACUUGCAACAAAUCACUCAGAUAGCAAGACAGAUGGUAACAAUGUUUGGAAUGUCUGAGAUUGGCCCCUGGGCAUUGACUGAUCCAGGAGUGCAGAGCAAUGAUGUGGUGCUGAGGAUGCUUGCAAGAAACUCUAUGUCCGAAAAACUGGCAGAAGACAUUGAUACGUCAGUGCGCCAUAUUAUUGACAGAGCAUAUGAAAUUGCCAAGACUCAUAUAAGGAACAACAGGGAGGCAAUGGAUAAACUGGUGGAGGUGCUAAUAGAGAAGGAAACUCUCACUGGGGAUGAAUUUAGAGCUAUACUCUCGGAAUUUACUGACAUCCCUCCAGAAAAUGUAAACCAGAAACCAAUCAAAGAGCUGAUUGAAGCGUAAAGUAACCUUUUCCAGUGUAUAGUCAGAGAGAAAGAGUUAGACGGUGUAGGCAUAUAUACAGUACAUUAACCUAGUAUAAAUGGAAAUCUUGGAGUAGUGUUGUGUAGGGGGUAGACAUAAUAUACAGUAUAUUAACCUAGCAUAUAUAAAUGGGAAACAUGUUCUGUAAUUUUUGAGUAUUUCAGCUAGCUUUCAUUGAGGUAAACAAUUAGUCA